UUUAGCCUCUUUAGGCACUUUGCAACAAUUUUUGUUUGUUGUGGACUUCUUCCUGUCCCAGAUUCUUUCAAUCAGUAAUCAGAAAUUUUGGUUGUCAGUUUCAGCAGCGUUAUUCAGCCUUCAUUUUUAGAAAAGAUGAUCCGUUUGUCGUGAUCGUUGUUGUUCUGUAGUGGAAGGCUGAUUCGUAAAGCCCAUACAAACUUCGGAGAUGUUCCUACGGUUUCUGGCGUCGCGAAACUACUCGAGUAAACCUGCGCUUACCGCGUUACCGAAGAAGUACGAUGCCAAAUUUGUGGAAUCGCGUUGGUACGAUUGGUGGCUGGCCAAUGGUUACUUUACUCCCGAAUCCACCACGAACGUUACAACUUCCACAGAGAAGCCUUUUAGUAUUAUAAUCCCUCCGCCCAAUGUCACUGGCUCCCUGCAUCUGGGCCACGCGCUAACGAUCGCCAUCGAGGAUGCCUUGGUGCGCUGGCAUCGCAUGCGCGGACAGCGCGUUCUGUGGGUGCCUGGUUUGGAUCACUCUGGCAUCGCCACCCAGGUGCAGGUGGAAAAGAAACUGUGGAAUGAUAGGAAAAUGACCCGACAACAGGUCGGACGGGAAGAGUUUCUCAAACUGGCGGAUGCGUGGAAGGAGGAGAAAUCGGCCGCCAUCAAGAAGCAGAUUCGUCGGAUGGGCGCCGUGGUGGAUUGGCGGCGUUUAGUGUUUACGCUGGAUGAAUCUGUGCAGUAUGGAGUGCGGGAAGCAUUUAUCCGUUUGUUCGAGAAAGGAAAGAUCUACCGACAGGAGAAAAUGAUUAAUUGGUGCAGCUAUUUAAAUUCAACUAUCUCGGAUAUUGAGAUAAACCAUUUGGAUGUCCCGCAGCCGACCAGUAUUGCCGUUCCCGGUGAGAGACAGCGUGUGGAUGUUGGAUGGUUGAAUUGUUUUGCUUAUCCCUUGGCGGAUUCUGCGACCGGUGAGGAAAUUGUUGUCGGAACAACGCGACUGGAGACGAUGCUGGGAGACGUGGCAGUGGCCGUGCAUCCAGCUGAUAUGCGCUACCUUCGAUACCGCGGGUGUGAAGUAAUUCAUCCUCUAACAGGAGAGCGCCUUCCGAUAAUACGCGAUGAAGCGGUCGAUCCUACGAUAGGAACGGGAGCAUUAAAAGUCACCCCCGCUCAUGAUCCCAAAGACUUUGAAUUCACCAAGAGACAUUUCUUGAUGUUUUUGCGAGUGAUUGAUGAUCAGGGGAGAAUAAUCAGUCCUAUGCCGGAAUUGAAUGGAUUGAGUCGUUUCGAAGCUCGAAGAAAAAUUGAGCAGAUGUUAAUAGAGCGCAGCCUGUGGCGUGGCCAACAUCCCUUUCCGACCACAUUACCUUUAUGCAGUAGAUCUGGCGACAUUAUCGAACCGCAGUUGAAGAAGCAGUGGUUUCUGAAUUGUAAAGAAUAUGCUACGAAAGCCGCGGAGGCAGUUAACAUAAAAAGUCUCAAGCUGAUUCCCGAUCGAUUUGAUAAAAUCUGGCAUCAGUGGUUAGCUGGAGAGCAGGAUUGGUGCCUGUCGAGACAGUUGUGGUGGGGUCAGCAGAUUCCGGCAUAUAAAGUGGUCAUAAAGGGACAGGAACAUUGGACAGCCGCACACACGCCGAGCGAAGCUGCAAAAAAACUUGCGCUGAAAUUAAAGGUUUCUGUGGACACCAUAAAACCUGAACAGGAUCCAGAUGUGUUGGACACCUGGUUCACUUCUUCCGCGUUGCCCUUUUUAACAUUUGGCUGGCCCAGUAAAACUUCCGAUUUGGAGAAGUUUUAUCCUCUUUCCAUGAUGGAAACCGGACAUGACAUUCUGUUCUUCUGGGUGGCUCGGAUGGUCUUCAUGGGCAUUGCUUUAACCGAACAAAUUCCUUUCGACACCGUUCUUCUUCAUGGACUGGUCUGUGAUAAACAUGGGAAGAAAAUGAGCAAAUCCACAGGGAAUGUUAUUGAUCCCAUGACAAUCGUCUGUGAUUUCGAUACACCUGAUGCCAAAGAUCGAAUUAAUAUUGGAUCGGAUGCGCUGAAAUUUGCGCUUUGUAGGGAGGAAACGCAGCAGCAUGUGCUCAACGUCGAUGUGGAACGAAUAGAAGAGUGCAACAAAUACUGCAACAAAAUUUGGCAGGCAUUCCGCUUUUGCAGCGAAGUAUGGGAAAAAUAUCCCGUUGUAGACGCAGCCCGUCAUUCACCUGAUUCCGAUCUGAAUCAGUGGAUUCUAAAUUCUCUUCAUGAACUUAUUGCCGUUUGUGGAAAGGCUAUGGAAAAUUACACUUUGGAUGUUGCCGCAAACAGUUUAUACAGUUUUUGGUUUGAUAAAUUUUGUGAUGUGUAUUUAGAGUGUGUGAAAUCCGUCGUGAAAAGCGAGGAUGAUCCUGUCGCUGCUCAACGUGUAUCCAGAAUAUUGUUCACGGUGUUCGAUGUUUACCUCAGACUGAUCAGUUUAUUCAUGCCAAAUCUGGCGGAAGAAUUAUACCAACGCCUUCCUGUUCAGCAGUUCGAAAGUGUUUGUGUAGCUGCUUUUCCGAGUCCUGAAGAAAUCUCUGUUUCUAAUAUGGAAAUCCAAGAUGCAAUGGGUUUAGUGAAUGAUAUUGCUCGCACUGUGAGAAACGUCCGGCAUUUGUAUAAUUUGCGGAAGGAAAGGGUUCCUAUUAUCGUGCUUUGCGAUGACAGUAUUCAGUCACAAUUAGAGCCGUUUCAAUCCACAUUGGCCACUAUAUCACAGUCCUCGGAUGUGAGCUUUGUUCGUUCAGAAGUCGAAGCACCAAAAGGUUGUGCGGUGCAAAUUCUGGAAAAUGGUGUUAAAGUUUUUGUGCAUCUGGAUCAGUUUAUUGAUAUUGAAAAAGAGAUACAGCGAUAUGAGAAUCAGAAAAGAAAACUGGAAGGAAGUCUCGCAGAGGAAGAAGAAGUGAAGGAGAAGAGGUACAAUCGAUUACCGGAGAAGAAAAGGACUGAACUGGAUGGACGAAUUAAUAAUUUAAAAACUAAAAUAGAUGAGAUUGUUCAAAUACAGGAAAAGGUGCGUGCUUUGAAAUGAUGUCUGCCGACAAAGUCUGUUUUGUAAAUUUGUAAAUCUUAAGCACAACAGCAAAUUUUGCUCACAGUGUUUUUGACCCGGUACAACGCAUUUAUGUGAUUGCUUUGUUUGCCAAUCGGCACAGCAAAAUUAGUGGUUAAUAAAUUAG